AAAGAAAAGAAAAAAAAAAAAAAAGACCAGGAUUCCCAUCCAAGUCCUCCUCUUAAGCCUUUACUUUCGUCCCUUGGCUUUGCUUCGCCUUUUCUUGAUUUCCUCCCAAGACUUUUCGCCCCUCGUCCGGUGUCUUGGACUCUUGGUACGCCGCCCAUCGUCUUUCCGAUUCAUCCCCGCCUAGUACUUCCUGGAGCAGUACAUGCAUCUGCGACUCCUGAACGUGAUUUCCUUUUCCCAUUCCAUCGACUCCUUCCACCUGCGGUUCGUCCGCUCCAUCAAAUGGCGGAGUACAACACAACCCAGGCCGCGGGCCGUAGGCCCUCCUUCACCUCCGACCAGCUCGAUCCGGCCAAUGACAAGGUGAAACUGGAUCCCGAGACUCAACAGCCCAUCGGAAUGGACUCUGGAUCCGAGGGAGGCGAUGUCGGAAGACAAAUCGAACUGGAGGCCGGGAACUCGAUCAAGUAUCGCACUUGCAGUUGGCAAAAGACCGCGGCGCUGCUUUUCUCCGAGUAUAUCUGUCUUGCGAUCAUGUCGUUUCCCUGGUCCUACUCCGUCCUGGGUCUCGUUCCGGGGUUGAUCCUAACCGUAUUUAUCGCGGCGGUUGUACUCUAUACAUCGCUGAUUAUCUGGAGAUUUUGUUUGCGUCAUCCGAAUGUCCGCGACGUGUGUGACAUUGGGCAGCUCCUCUUCUGGGAUUCGAAAAUUGUCUGGUAUCUGACCGCCAUAAUGUUCUUGCUGAACAACACUUUCAUUCAGGGCUUGCACUGUCUGGUCGGCGCCGAGUACUUAAACACGGUCACCGGCCAUCCCACCUGCUCAAUCGUGUUUGCCCUGGUGACGGCUAUUGUGUCCCUUAUCUUCUCGCUCCCGCGCACAUUUAGCACGCUGUCGAAAGUGGCAACCUUCUCGGCUCUGACUACCUUCAUCUCGGUUCUGCUGGCCAUGAUCUUUGCCGGAAUUGAGGAUCAUCCCGCGGGCUACAGCGCUAAAUUGGGCGAGCCCAUUAUAACGGCCAUCCCUGUGAAGGGGACAACCUUCGUCUCCGGCGUCAGCGCUUUCUUGAACAUCAGCUAUACCUUCAUUGGUCAGAUCACCCUGCCAAGUUUCAUCGCCGAAAUGAAGGAACCCAGGGAUUUCUGGAAGUCGGUAACUGCGGUCACGAUCGCAGAAAUCAUCGUAUUCAGCUUGGCGGGAUCUAUUGUGUAUGUCUACACCGGUAAUCAGUACAUGACUGCGCCGGCAUUUGGUUCGCUGGGAAAUGAGGUCUACAAGAAGGUGUCUUUCUCCUUCAUGGUCCCGACCUUGAUCUUCCUCGGAGUGCUGUAUGCCUCGGUGUCUGCGCGCUUCGUCUUCUUCCGCCUGUUCGACGGAACUCGUCACAAGGGCAAUCAUACUGUGGUCGGCUGGGCCGCAUGGACCGGUAUUCUGGUUGUCCUGUGGGUCUUGGCCUUUAUCAUCUCCCAGGUCAUUCCAUUCUUUUCCGACUUGCUCUCCAUCAUGAGUUCGCUCUUCGACUCCUUCUUCGGCUUCAUUUUCUGGGGCGUCGCGUACCUCCGGAUGAGGCGGGAGGACUACGGGCCGGGGUUCUAUAAGAACCGAGGCAUUCGAGGCUGGGCCGGAGCCAUACUGAACGUCGGCCUGAUUGGCGUGGGGCUCUUUUUCCUGGGACCAGGUACCUACGUAAGUUUUUCUCAUCCUGUUAUCUGUCAGAGCGCAGGCUUACUAACGAGAUACCAGGCUUCUAUCGAGAGUGUAAUCUUAAACUAUCGGGCUGGAACCGUCGGAAGCCCCUUUUCCUGCGCCAAUAACGGACUCUAAUGAUAGUUUCCAUGACAUGUUUGGUUUUGUUUGCUGUACUGUUUCCAGAAAAUAGCUGGGAUUUGUGUUGUGAUGUCGAAUACACCUCGAGAGAAGGGCGGUGCUAAUGUCGAAGGACCUGGAAGGCCGGAUUCAUUUGAUGCGGGCAGAUCUUCCGUUUCUACGCAGGGAUCUUGUCGUUUUUCAACUGCCCAACCUUUAUUGUCAUGGGUCAAUACAAAAUAACCUACUGCUCGCGAGCAAGAAAGCCCUGUAGAUCAGCCGGAAGCUGGUCUGCUGAAAGAAAAAGGGCUUGGAGACCACCCCAGACCCAGGGUGGGAUUAUGGAUGAUGCAGUGCUGCUUCUGUCCCUUGCUCGCAGCAGAUCCUGGGGCAUUUAUAUAUAUGUCGUCGUAGAUCACUCGCUCUACUCACGCUGUGGUAAUGUAUGGGCCGGAUCACCGCCUGGUGCGGGCACCGCCACGUCUGGGGUAGCAUGAUGAUAGAAUAGAACUGGAGGACCAGGCGCGAAAAUUAGAUAGGAUUCUGCAUUGAUAUGAUUAGACUAGCUGAUAAAACCACUUGUGUAUAUAGAAGAUCCUGGAGUUCAACUCUGAAGAAUUGGAUUAUAGUCGGAGCGGAUGCUUGAAGCUAAAUCAAACGAUGUCCCUGUUAUUCGAUUCUUAGAGAUGAUUCAGAUACUCAGACAAAUUGGCAUCAACUGAGAAUCCGUGAUAUCAUCGUGUCCACAGUCCACAGUCUAUCGUAGAUGGAGUUGCCCGACGUUGUCCGCGGGAAGACUGCCCUAUCGCCAUGUGACUUUCCCGCUAUCUCCGCAUGACCGUCCGCUCUUCAACCCUCGCGUUGCUCCUCCGGUUUUGUUUCUGUAA